ACAAAAAAUUCUAAGUGACAAAGAUGGAAGCCGCCAGUGUGGAAGCCGGUGGGAAAAAUCAUUUACACGAUGUUUUAUCAGAAACCGAACUUGCUACCAUAUCAAAUCCCGUGGUUCAUAAAAUAAAUUCAUAUAUUGACAAAAAAUUUGAAGAAUAUUUGACUUCCAAAGCCUUACACGAAACCAGUAAAACGCAAAUAGAUGAAAAAAUUGCAGCAUCUGAAGCUAUUAUCCUUGAGUUAACAACUAAGUAUGAAGAUGCUGCUAAGAAAUUAUUAGUUGCUGAGGAAACCAUAACAGAGCUUGAGAAGCAUGUCAGUUCUCUCAAUUCCGAACUAGAAAAAACCCGUGAAAGAGUUUAUCGAUUAGAGAAUGAGUCAAUAUCUCUUAAAAGCGCAAGAGAUGCAGCAGUGGAUGAAAGGAAUGAUCUAACAAGGAUUCUACAACGGCGUGAUGCCGAAAUAGAGAGACUGACGGCAAAUGAAGCUUCCCUUUCUCAACAACUUCGCUCUGCUAUUGAUUCUAAAUGCGAAGCCUUAGCCCUAAAUGAUGAAAUCCAGAGCAAAGAACUUUCAUUACAAUAUCGUGAAAAACGUCUGGACCAGGAAAGGGUUUUGCUAAAUUCCCAGAUAGCCUCCUUAACAGAUGAAGUGAAUCGUCUUACUACAGAACUACAAACAGUGAGAUUAAAUAAUACAAGCAGGCUGGUGAGCUUAGAAACUCAAUUAUCUGAGAAGGUUGAAGAGUUAAAUGCAGCAAACGAAACAAUAGAACAAUUAAAUGAAAUAAAGAAAAACCUAAAUAGCCGUGCUGAAAAUCUAACGCAACGCUUAAUGGAACAAAGAGAAAUAGAGAACAAAAUGUCAGAAAACUAUAAAAAAGAAUUAGAUGCCAAAACAAAACUUGCUGAUUUGUUCAAAACUAUGCAUGACGAUGCAGAAUCAAAGACUUCUGAAUUAACAGAAGGUAUCACUGAGUUACAGAAAUUACUGAAUGAAGCCACUGAAAAAUAUGGUGAAUUAGAAACUAAAUAUAAACAGGCUGAACUAGACCAUGAAGAACUUAUGGAGAAGAAAAACGAAAUAAUAUCAUCCUUAAAGAAUGAGUUAGAACAUGCUAAUGAUUUACUGAAAGCUGCCGCCGCACAGAAUCUGGAUAUGGCUCUGAGUGAUUUGGCUCCAUCUGCUGCUACUGCAAGCAAACUUUUGAAAUCCGGUAUGUCGUUGACCCAGAUAUAUUCACAGCUUGUGAAACUUACUGAGGAAUUAGCUCAAGAGAAAGAAGAAAAUCGCCGUCUAAAUAUAACCAUUAAUAAGAUCGUGCAAGAGCUAGAAGAGAAAGUACCGCUACUACAAAAACAAAAGGCGGAAUAUGUUGAGGUAAUGGAAAGUAACACUGCCUUGACACAACAAAUUGAUUCACUGGUUAUAGAAUGUAAUAGACUCAGGGACGACUAUAAUGAAUCCUCUAAAAUUGCAAAUCAUUAUAGCCGUGAAAAUAAUAGACUGAAAGGGGAACUUGCUGAUUUAGGAAGACAAGUCUGCUUUUUGCUGAAGGAGAUAGAGCACAGUCGAGGUAGUCUUCUUAAUGGCGAUCACGACGCUUCGCACGCAGCAAAUACUAGCAACACUUCCGAUAUCAACUCUUCACGAAUAAUUUCAAAGACAUUAGUGACUUUCAGUGACAUACAAGAAUUGCAAGCUAAUAACCAAAAGCUUUUAAGAAUGAUUCGUGAACUAACGGAUAAACAAGAGGAACUAGAACGCCAGAAAGAACAAUUUGAAAGUGGUGAAAUGGAAAAUAAAAUCGAAGCACUGAAACAAAGAGUUACGGAGUUAACAGAAGCUCAAGAUAGACAAACAAAAAUGGUCAACGGUCUGAUCAGGCAACGUGACAUGUUCAAAAAAUUAUACCACGAUCACAUGAAAGGUAAGCGACAUGAGCUAUCAACAGCUUUGGAUACGUCAGAUUUAGACAAAUCUGAUCGAGAAUCGUUCUUGAUGGACACAACCCCUGAUAAGUCACCAAAACCACCAAAUGUAGAUCCUACAGUAUUUGAAACGAAGUUUAAAGAAACUGAAAAACAAUUAGAGCUCUUAAAAGAAGAAUACAAAACAUACAAAGAAGAGAAGGUGACCAAUGAAAGAAUGUUAUUUGAGCAGAUUGAUAACAUGAGACAAGAAAUAGCUAAACUUACUGCUGCCAAUAGUAAGUGUGCUUCGACAUCAGAAUACAAUAAUGAAAGACUGAAAAUACUGCAAACAAAUAUUAAUACUUAUAAAAAACAAAUUUCAUCAUUGGAGGAAAAGAAUAAAGCUUACAAUACUACCAUAGCCAAACACGAGGUGUCCUUGCAACAUUUAAGAGACGAAAUAUUAAACGCGCAAGGAAAGCUCGCAGCUGCAGAGAUCCAAUGCGAAAACUUGAAAUUAGAAAACAAGCUAUUGAAAGAUUCGGAAUUAAGAUUGCAAACAGAAAGGGAAAUCCAAAAUCGAGAAAGACAGGGGCAAUCAUUGCUUUUAAAGAAUUUGGAAUUGAUCAAAGCAAGCUUAGAACGGGUAGAGGUGGAAAAUCGUUCUAAAAUUGAAACAAGGCUUGACGAAGCCACUCGUGAAUGCGCAGCUUUACGUAGACGUCUUCAAGAAGAACAAGAUAGGUUUAGAGAAUUAGCAGCUCAUCUUGAACGUCAAACAGAUACUGCCAAGUCACGCAUGAACGAAGAAAAGGAAGCAGCUGAUUUAAUGAGAAAAGAAAUCCAGCAGCUGAGAGAAGAUUUAAUCAAUAAAGAAAAAGCUAAUGAAGAUUUUGCUAGGAAACUAAAAGUUGCCCUGUCACCAAGUACAGAUGGGUCGCUGGAUGCCGUUAAGAAAAUAAAAGAAUUAGAAAAUAAGUUACACGAUAAAGAAACUGAAAUUAAAUCCCUAUUAGAUCAACUUAGCACAGCUAAAGAACAUAUAAAACAAUAUUGUGACAUAUCGGAGAGUGCUGAAAAAGAAUUGAAAAAUCUUAAUGAUGAAUAUCAGAAAUAUAAGACAGAAACAGAGACUAAACUCGCAGAAAAUGCUAAGAAGUUGCAGCAGUUAGAGGAUAAAUGUUCUGAAUUGGAAACGGAACUCUCUCUUCAAGGAAAUGGAGAAUAUUCUAACAUAAAUAUCAAUUUGAAAAAUGAGCUUGAAGCAACGAAAGAAGAAUUAAGGAAUGUCAUGACUAACUUCGAGAGUUGUCGAAGCGAUCUCGAUGUCGCUCGGUCCGAGAUUACUAAAUUAUCUGAGGUUGUACAAAAUGCAGAAGAAAAAUACACUCAUGAAAUGAUCUUGCAUUCAACAGACAUUCAAACAUUGUCUCGUGUUAAAGAAGAUUUAUCCAGGGCGCAAAAUCAAAUUAAUGAGUUAGUUGCUAUCAAAAAUAGCGCCAUUGAAAAGGUGGAAAGUGAAAAGCAGGCUUGGAUCGAGAGAGAAAAAAUAAUAACUGCAGAAAAUGAACAGUUGACUCAACGUUUGAAGGAUCUCAACGACCAAAAUGCCCUUUUGCAUGAUCAAAUACAAGCAUUAGGUACACAACUAUCUGUUUCUCACGCUUCUAAAUCACGUUCAGAAAGUAUGAACGAAUCAGCUAAUGAUUCUACAAUGAAUAUUUCCAUUGGAGAAGAGGAUGUUAAGUCUUCUGAACAAUUAUUCCAAAUAGUUAAAUUCUUAAGAAAAGAAAAAGAUAUAGCAAUGGCUAAAUUUGAUAUUUUACAAGCCGAAACUAUGAGGCUAAAAUCACAGCUUGAAAUAACUGAGAAACAAUUGGACGAGAGUAAACUGUUACUAGCUUCCGAAAGAGAAAAAUCGGAAGUUAAUAUGGUAACAGUGUCCAAGCAAUCGGAUAUAUUGAGAAAAGUUGAAACACUUAAUGCGUUAACUGACAGUAAUAGAAUUUUAAGAGAGGAACGAGAUACAUUAACCAUCCGUGUUGAUGAACUAACAACUAUGGUGAAGUCUUUAGAAGACCAACUUAGUCCGCUUCAGGAGAAAAUAAGUGAUUUAACAUCAAAGAAUGAUACGCUGCAAACUGAAAACACGUCAUUUAAGGCGGAUUGUGCAAGAUGGAGGACAAGAGUCAACGCUCUUGUUGAACGUGCUAAUAAAAAUAGUCCAGAAGACUGGAAACGUCUACAGAAUGAAAGAGAAACGUUGGCUAAAAUGUUGACGAAUGAAAAGGAAUCUAAUAAAAAAUUAAACGAAGAAUUAUCUUCAAUCAAAAUAGAAAAAUCCAAGUUAGAAGAACAAUAUUCACUACUUUCCAGACAGCAUAAUAAUAUUGUGGAGGAAAAUAAAAAACUCAAUGAGGAGCUGCAAGUACUUAAAGAUGACAUGGCACGACUUACAGAAGAAUUAGGAAGAGUCAAGGCAGAACAUAAUUCGACCACUGAGACUAACAACAAACUAACAGAAGAGCUUUCCAAUAAAGAAGCUUCUCUUAAUGACAUCAAGAAUAAGGAAAUGCAAAUCCGAAAAAUUGCCAAAAAAUAUAAGGGACAGUAUGAAGAAUUGGUAAAGACGGUGGAAGAAGAGAAGAAGAAAAAUGAAGGAGAUGCAGCCGCAGCUGGCGCUUCUUUAGUGGAGAGUACGAAAAAAGUGGAAGAACAAUUAAGUGAAAUUCAAGCACAACUAGAAUCUGAGAAAUCAAAUAAUGAGAAACUGAAACAAGAAAUUGAAACGCUCAAAACUGCAAAUAUGGAUAAAGAAGAAAAAGCCAAGCAGGUUUUGAAACAGGCAAAGAGUAAAAUUGUUCAAUUAACUGAACUUAAAAACAGUCUUAGCAGAGAACUAGACGAAUCACGUACAAAAAUUGGUACCAUCGAACAAAGCACACGCGAUGAGCAAGAUGCGAGGCUAGAACUGAUUAAAUCGCAAUAUGAGGGACGUUUAUCUAGACUAGAAAAGGAGGCGCAAGCUGAGAAAAGUAGGGAGAUUGAAGCGUUGAUGCAAAAAGUGAAUAUGUUGCAAAGGCAACUAGCGAAUCAAUCUUCAACAGGAAAACAACAGGCCACUACUGAAAAAACAACAUCCGAUCCACCAACAGCAAACAUCAAACCAAUGGCAGGUGUGGCACAGCAGAGUGUGUCCGCAAGUCGUCGUGGUGGCGAGACUCCAUUAGCGUCUAUUCGUCCUAUGGCCCAAGUUGGCCCAACAGCGCCUCACGAUGCUCACAGCACCGAAUACAUGCCUGCUUCAUCCUCGCGUCCAUUGCCGAGGGCUUCCUUAGCAUCCGCCGCCUCGGCUGGAACUACACCGCCGGAAUCCACUCAGGAUAUGGAUACGAGUGAUGUAGGUAUGGGAAGUGCGGUUUCUAGUGACAAUACAGCACAAUCUUCAUCACAUUCCACAGCGCCGCAGCAGGCUGUAGCGCUCGUGAUGCCUCGUAUAGAACAACCUAGCGGUGUUAAUUCCGGUGCUGUGGUCACUCCGGCCGCUAGCUCGGCCGCGCCCGGCGCCACCAACGCCCCGCAAUCAACCGCCGCUGCACCUAACGCGGGUACAGUAAGCGCGGGUUCCACGUCCACGGGAACGAGCGGUCAGUCCGGUGUCAGUACAUCACACGCCACUCCACUAGUCAGCACUUCUCAUACAGCUCCCGGAGUCAGCACGUCUCACACGGCGCCCGGGGUGACUACUACCCACGCUGCCCCUGGCGUUAGUACUUCCCACGCUGCUCCCGGCGUUAGUACUUCCCACGCUGCUCCCGGCGUCAGCACUUCCCACGCUGCUCCCGGCGUCAGCACUUCUCAUGCUGCCCCUGGCGUCAGUACGUCCCACCCGCCGCCCGGUGUAAGCACGUCACACGCGCCACCAGAUGCUCGCCCACAGAAACGAAGACUGCAACAGCGACCAGUCACCGCUAAGCGGACGAGGGUGCAGGGCUUCGAGCGUUCUGUAGAAGUGGAGUAUCAGGUACCAACAUCAUCUCGCUGCGACCAAGAUGACGAAGGCGUGAUAGUAGUUGACUCUGAAGAAGACGAUGAAAGAUGCACAGGAACUAUGUACAGGGAAGGAGAGGAAGACGAAGAAGAUAUGGAGGAAGAGCAGGAAGUAGAGGGGGGAGAGGAAGAGGAGGAUGUGGAGGGGGAAGAAGAGAGUACUGCGCGACAGGAGUCUCCACUGCAGUCCCCGGAAACGGGCGCGGCGGAUGCAGACGAGGCGGGCGAGCGCUCGGAGGCGGCCGCGCCUGUCGCCGAACCGGACAGCGAACCUGCACCCAUACAGCAAAUAGAGGCCAUCAGCAGUGGCACUGAACCCAGCGGAGCUCUAUCGCUCGGUGGGAACGGUGCCGACGAUGGAGAUGACAGUAUUGUACCAUCAACACCUACACUAUAUGUUCCCAGACGAAAUGACGGGUUCGGUGAAGCAGUAGUUUCACCGGUGGGCGGUCCGGAGGGCGCAGGCGCUCGGUUUACGUUCGCGGAGGCCGGCGGCGCUGCGUCACACCACGACACACACGCGGACUUAGCCGCUGCACUACCCCCGCCACACGCAUCACACCACACUCGUGCGGAGGGUGACCGCGAGUGGGAGGAGUCCCGCGGCGAGGAAGAAGCGGCGGCUGUCAGUUCACAGGGAAGCGAACCGUCCUCACCGCACCAGCAGGUGGCGGAGGAGGGUCGGGAGGCGGAGGCUAGUGCAGCCCCCCGACGUGCUGGUCCGCCGCCCCCAUCACCCUCACCAUCACCAUCACCGGCCGGACACCAUCGUUGGAUGAGAGCCGCUGACAGCGAGAGCGGAGCCCGAGGUCGCGGUUCACGCCCGCGCGGUCGUCCGGCCAGAAGAUCGCACAACUACAUGCGUUUCUAAAUCUAAAAAAAUUAUAAAACAAUACUAAAUACAUAAUUAUACUAGUUUUUUACUACGACUUGCAUCGCCAUCCUGUACGCGGUCAGUUCCAAAGCUUUAUGUCCCAAUAAAAUUGCUCAAAUCAAAAACAUCGUCGAAUAUAACGGUAUACGAUGCAAGCGUGUGCUAAGAACACACACAACAAUACUGAAUACACUAUUUCUUAAUCUAAUAUCUCAGUUGUUAAAAUACAACUUUAUGUUGUCGACUAGGUACUUUCAUCUUUAUUAGUAUUAUAGUAUUGAUAGCGCUUAUAUUUUUAAGUAUGUGCGGGAAUGGUUGUGGAAUUGUGCACUGUGUAACUAAUUGUGCAUGAACAUACACAUAGCAAUGUUAAGGAAUACAUCUCUGACUGCGGUUUUAUAAAAUACUAGUAACUUUAAAAUUAAUGUGUUUUUGUCCAAACAUAUGUAACUUAAUGAUUAUCUAUCCCUAACUUCUGUUACUUUGAUACUUAUGCAUCUUUUGAACAAAAUUUUUGAUAAAUAUAUAUAUAUAUAUUAUGAAACAGGUUUCACAUAUAUAUUUCUUAACAAUAAUAAGUCUUGAGUUGUGUAACCUGUGUACGGUUAUAAACUAUUAAUAUAAUAUAACUUAUGUGUUAACUUCCAGUUAGUGUGUAAGUCAAACAUUUCCAUUUAAUGAUAUCUAUACAAUAUAUUGUCUUGAAUACAUAAUUUUGACGUACCUUAUUAUAUACUAAGCAUGUUUUCUGUUUAUUAUAUCAAAUGUCGUACAAUUUUUAUAACAAAAAAAAUGUGUAUUUGCAUUUAAGGUUAACUGUCCUAUAACUUAUACCCAGAAAAUAAGCUUUUAUUCAAUGAUUGUAGAAUGUUGAAAAAAUAUGAAUAAAGAUUACGUACAAGAAAA